GUUUUGAUUUUUUGAUUUUUUUUUUGCUCAAUGGAAAUGCAUUCAUAGUUUUUUUUCCUUUGGAGAAACAUGGACAUUUGAUUAUCGAUGAUAAUCAAAUGGCUGGCUGAUAGAUUGUACUCGAUUUCAAUGACAAUCUUUUUUCUUUUUCUUUUUCUUUUUUUUUGCUUCGAUGAUAUGCACCCAAAUUUGCAUCAUUUUUUUCCAGAGUCAUAUUUAAGAUGGGAGAAUAAUCGACAUGUGAUUUCAUUUUACUUGAAACUGUUCUUCUAUUCAUUCGAUACAAAUUUUUGAAAUUUUCAAAAUUCAAACAAAACAAAACAAAACAAAAAUGACCAAACGAAUUGCAAUUAUUGGUGCUGGUGUUUGUGGUAUUACAUCGGCCAAAGCAUGUGUUGAACAAAAUUUUGAACCAAUUGUAUUUGAAAAAACUGAUUAUACAUGUGGACUAUGGCGUUAUCAAGAAAAUCUUGAUGAAGAUGGUAUUGCUUCGGUUAUGAAAUCAACUGUUAUUAAUACAAGUAAAGAAAUUUCAGCAUUUUCUGAUUAUCCACCACCAACUAAUUUAUCUAAUUAUAUGCAUAACACUAAAUUGUGUGCUUAUUUUGAUUCAUAUGGUGAAGUAUUUGGAUUUAAAAAAUAUGUACGUUUUCGUCAUGAAAUACUUUCAUUAGAAUUGGCCGAUGAUUUUGAUCGUACUGGUCGUUGGAAAGUAACAUAUAAAAAUUUAAAUAAAAAUGAACAAAAAACAGAAAUAUUUGAUGGUGUUAUGGUUUGUAUUGGUCAUCAUAGUAAACCAUAUUAUGCAAAAUUUCCUGGACAAGAAAAAUUUAAAGGUACUAUUACCCAUACACAUUCAUUAAAACAUUCAAAAGGAUUUGAAGAUAAAAUUGUUGUUGUUGUUGGUAUUGGUAAUUCAUCAUUAGAUGCAUCAGUUGAAUUGGCAACAGUAACCAAACAGCUUUAUUUAUCGACCAGAAGAGGAGCUUGGAUUACCCGACGUGUCGGUAAAAAUGGUGUUCCCGGUGAUGCUGAAUUUCUACGACGUUGGGUAACAUAUGUUACAUCGGCUUUACCAUUCAGUUGGAUUUGUAGUCAUUAUGAAAGACAUUUAAAUGAAAAUUUUGAUCAUGAUUUAUAUCAAAUUAAACCUAAACAUCGUGCAUUAUCACAACAUAUUACAAUUAAUGAUGCAUUAGCUAAUCGUAUAUUAUCUGGUGUUGUUGUUAUUAAAUCUGAUAUUGAACGUUUUACCGAAGAUGGUAUCAUAUUUCAAGGUGAAAAAGAAGUUACAAAAUGUGAUGCCGUUAUAUUGGGUACUGGUUAUCGUUUUGAUUAUCCAUUUCUUUCACAAGAAAUAUUACCUGUAAUUGAUAAUGCAGUUAGACUUUAUAAAUUUCAAUUCAUACCAACAAUUAAACCAGCACAUACAUUGGCAUUUAUUGGACUGAUACAACCGAUUGGACCAAUAUUUCCGAUUGCUGAAUUACAAGCACGUUGGUUUGCACAGCUAAUGCUGGGUAGAAAACAACUACCAUCAAAAACAAUUAUGAAUACUGAUAUUGAUCGUAGAUUAAAUGAAAUGCGUCAACGAUAUUAUGGUAGUAGUCGUCAUACAAUUGAAGUAGAAUUUACACCAUUUAUGGAUGAAUUAGCAAAUGAAGUUGGUUGUAUGCCAACCGUUUGGAAAUAUUUAUUUACUGAUCCAAAAUUAUUUAAAACAUUAUUAAUGGAACCAUCUGUUGCAUAUCAAUAUCGUUUAAUUGGACCAAAUAAAUGGAAAGGUGCAAGAGAUGCACAAAUCAAAGCUAUCGAUAGAAUACAAUCUGCAUUGGAAACAAAUAAAAUUUAUACGGAAAAAAAUCAAACAAAAUCACUUCGUUCAUCAUUAACAUCAACAAUAUUUAUGACAAUAAUCAUUAGUUUAUUAAUGUUUGUUAUGUUUAUUCGUCGUUCGUUAAAUGUUUGAUUUAACCUGAAAUUAAAAAUUAACCCGUUUAACCCGCUGU